AUGCAGAAGGUUUGUGCAGAGGAGGAUAAGGGGAUGAAGGUGGUUAAAGCUGAAGAUUCAUAUGAAGUACAAUUAAAAAUAAAGUGGGAAAGAUACAGACCUAAUAGGGACAUUGCUAAUUCAGAAGGCGGGGAGCCUCGGCCCAGCCCGGCCCGGCCCGGCCAUGCCUCCGCCCCCCAAGCGGGCCCGGGAGACGGCCGAGCUGGAGCAGCAGCGGCGCCAGGAGCAGAAGCGGUGCCGGCGGGACGCGCAGCAGAGGCAGCAGCUGCAGCACCUCGAGUCCUUGCACAUGAAGAUCCCAUGUACGACAUUAUAAGGGAGAAUAAGCGUCAUGAAAAAGAUGUGAGGAUACAACAGUUAAAGAAGCUACUAGAGGAUUCUACCUCCGAUGAAGAUGGCAGUACUUCUAGCUCCUCAGAAUGUAAGGAGAAGCACAAGAGAAAGAAGAAGAAGGAGAAACAUAAGAAGAGGAAAAAGGAGAAGAAAAAGAAAAAGAAAAAAAAGCACAAAUCUAAGUCAAAUGAAAGUUCAAAUUCUGACUAAAAAGUAGUUUUCUUUUAAUCCACCUUGUUACUGCAGAAUCAUAGCUGAAUGUCAUAGUUACUAAAGGAGAAGUAACCACAAAAGGGCCUCAGUUGACAGAAAAAGGAACCAAGAAAUGUGUGUCAUUAGCAUCACUUCUGUGGCAUUUUGCUCUUGCUGCCAACAGUGAUGAAUUCCACAUGAUGUUGAGUUGCUUAUAUGCCACACUACAGGAUUCUUGUUGUCAUCUUCCCUCAUUACUGUAGUUUGUGAUAAAAUUUUUUAAGAAAAUCAAGCAUAAGAUAUGAAGACAUUCUAGGCAUUUCCAAAAGAGAUACCCCCAUGAAAGCAGAG